AUGGGCGCGGGCACGCAGUACUACGUGGCCGUGGACCAGCCGCGCUUCAAACUGGCAACACUCGUGGACCUGCUGCACCUCAUCAGCCGCACCAUCCCCGCUGCCUCCUCCCCCGAUCCUCCUCCUAUUCCUCCUUCCUCCCCCUCCCCCUCCCCCUCGCCCUCCCCAUCCGCCUCCCCAUCCCUCUCCUCCGCGCCCACUGCUGCGCCACGGGUGGCGGCAGUAUCAGUGGUGAUCUGCUGUGGCACGCGCGACUCUCUGGACCACGUGCUCGCUGCUCUCUCGCCUCUCCACCACCGUUUCCUCCUCGCCUCCCUCGUACGCUCUCUCACACGCCACUGCUCCUGCCCUCCUCUCGUCCUCCACCCUUUCUCCGUCCCUCACCCGCUUUCCCCACCUCUUCCUCCACUGGUUGUUCCCCUUGCCUUCCCCAUCGUCCUCCCACCCACCCCCCCUCUCCCCUCCUCCUUCUUACGUCCCCGCCAUCCCAAUCACCCCAAACUGCAGCUCUCGUUGUGGGCAGUCGCGCGCACACGCAUAUUAGCUGCAAAAUUCACCGCCCUCUCUGACCAAUCGGACGCCCAGCGCCGGGCAGUGCUGGCAGCCUUCCAUGCCGCCGUCGCUCUCUCCAGAGGCCGCCCCGCCCCACCCCUCGCUCUGCCCCUCGCCCCGCCCUUUUCCCCCCACCCUGCCCCCUCGCUGCCGUCCGCUGCCCCUCCCUCGCAUGGGCCCCACGCCACACAUGGACCCCCUGCCUUCCUGUCCCCCCCCACCCAUGCGCCUUUGCUGCACAGCCGCGUGGGUGAGGGGGAAGGGCAGGCAGCAGAGGUUGCAGAGCGGGGGGAUGAGGGAGGGGAGAGCGGGGGGGAGGAAGGGAGGGGGGGCCAGGGAGCGGUGGUGCCGGUGGUGGUGGUGACAGAUGCGUGCUUGCCGUGUGGCCAUGGGGGGGGAGAGGCGCCUCUGGGCGCACGGCUGCUCAUUAACUAUGACUUCCCCCCACGCAAGGUACUUCAUGCUGUGCAUGCAUGGGUACAUGCACGCUACUAUGCAGCGCAGGCGGCAUAUGGGGCGAAGCAUUUUCUUCCAUCCAUCCGUCUUCCAACCUUACAUUUCCCCCUCCCUCCCUCUCUCCCUCACUCCCUCUCUCCCUCCCUCCCUCUCUCCCUCCCUCCCUCUCUCCCUCCCUCCCUCUCUCCCUCCCUCCCUCCCUCCCUCCCUCCCUCCCUCCCUCCCUCCCUCCCUCCCUCCCUCCCUCCCUCCCUCCCUCCCUCCCUCCCUCCUUUCCCUCCUUACUUGCUUGCCUGCCUCCCUCCCUCCAUCAAUCCCUCCUUGCGCAACAAGGCAUGGCAAAGAAAAGCUUCAUCUGUUUUCGCUGUGAAGUCAUCAACCCCACUCCACUCCACCACUCCUCCCAUCACCGACCCACUCAUCCACCCCUCCACUAUUCUUCAACCCCACCUUCCCCCCCCCACCAUCCGCCCACCUGCAACCCGCAACCCCUGCAUGCAGGACGUGUACCUGAGGCGAGUGGCCAUGUGCAUGGGGCAAGCAGCAGCAUCAGCCAUGCAACGCCCUGAACCCUCUGCCAGCACCACGGCCACUGCAAGCAGCAGCAGCAGCAGCAGCAGCAGCAGCAGUGCAGCGGGCAUGUCGCUGCUGUUUGUGACGGGUGGGGAGGUGCCUGUGGUGCGCGCGCUAGAGGACGCCCUGGGCACCUUGCUGCACGAAAUGCCCAUUGAUGCCAUCUGUAGUGUCCAGCCACCGUCGUCUCACACCGUAGCCAUGGCCCGUAAGCGCAAGAGCUAUACUGACGUGUGCCCGCGAGAUCUCAACGAGAUCCCGUACAUCGCUUGGAUGAACAAGCAGAUCGCAGCCGGCCGCAAGCCCAUCGGCCCGUUGCCCAAAGGAGCGCCUGGUGCGGGGGACACUUCAUACGAAGCCCCGCGUGAUGUCCCAACUCGCAGACGCCGUGAUGCCGACCGGGUUGCAUCAUCCCGCGUCGUGGACGAUGCUGCCUUUGUCAAAUUAUAUGACUCCUUCGAUGACGACGCCGAGGACUCGGAGUACAACGAGUGUGACGACGCCUGCGACAAUGACGCGGACUCUGGCGAGGAGGAGGACAAGAGCAUGUCCCCCUCCAAGGAUGAUGGUGACGCCGAUGAGGACGCCGACGACGAUGAUGACGCUCCCGAGGAGGCCCAGCCUGCGGCCCCGGCUCCCCGUCGCAGCCGUGCUACUGCCGCAGCCGGCACCAAGACUGCCACGAAGGGCGGUGAACCUCCUCGUGCCGUUGCCAAGACCU